CGCACACACAUGCACAGACGCAGACACGUACAACACAACACAGACCGUGAAUAAUCUCAAUCAUCUGCUCCGCGCCUCCCAUGUAUGCGACCGGGAUUUAAACAUGACGUUCUGAAUGGAAUUGCUAUGAUAUCAUUUAUCGGAGCGUGUUGUACUUUCCGAGCUGGUGUUCGAUCUGGAAACGACGAGUGCACGAUGCAAACGUCCACCGGACGAUCGCGGAGCAGGCUUUUAUUUUGACAAUUAACGCCACACCUAAAUUACGCAAUUUAUUUAUCAUAAACUCCAAACGUAUAUUCACAUUUAAAGCAUACACAUACAUAUACCAGAAAGAAGACGUCUUCUUCUAGUGCGUGCAUGAAGAUUCCACUUAGUAGUUGGCUGUGAUAUUUGUAUAAUUUUAUCCUCUCAAAGACGUUUUGAAAUUCUUCAAUUUUUGAUUCGUAGAAAGGUGAAAUUCCUUUGACCAAAAAAGGUCCACCACGAGACUUCCUUUUUCUUAACAUUGAGCAGGUAUAGACGUAAAACGCGCUGCGACAAAACUUGUAUUCAUGCCUUUUUGUCUGAGAAGUAACGCAUUGUGCAAAAUGGAAGAAUAUUCUGUUACAUCGGACGUGUCGGUGGUCGACGUAUACGACAUUGCAUCAGAGAUAGGGAAGGAAUGUGAAAAGCUUAUAGAUCUGUUUGGAGCACCGUCGGUGACCAAUCUUAUGCCAAAGGUGAUCAAUGCUUUAGAGCUACUCGAGAAUCUUGCUAUCAAGAAUGAGCGUGAAAAUACUACGGUACAAGAGCUGAGCGCUAAGAUCUCUCAGCUUGAGAGCGACAAGAUUGGAAAGGCUGAAGAUAGACAACGAUUUGAAAAAGAACUGGAACAAAUUGAAGAACACUGGAGGCAGGAAUCCCGUGAUUUAGUAGCCAUGGUUACUAGAUUACAGGAAGAGAACAGACGAUUAGCUGAAACUUUGCAAGAAUCACGAAGUGACAGUCAGUACAGCAGUAAACAAACAACUAUCACGCCUAGUCAAGAAGUUGAUAUAGCAGUUUUGCAGCAUUUAAGAUCCAUGAUAGAUAAGCAGAGAGAUCAGAUCCGCGCUAGAGAUCGAGAAUUAUCACAAAAGACUGCAGAAAUUGAAAAUUUGACUGCUCAAGUGGAGAAGCUUACCGUAGUUGGACGGGAACUGAAACGUAAACAACGACAGGCGCAAAUGCAAGCCCGAGGUUUAGUAGAAGAGAGAGCCGACUUUUUGGCUCAAUUGCAGGAUCAAAACCGAGAACUUAUAAAUCUCAGAGGUCGACUUGGCAUGGCUAAAAAAGAAAACGAAGAUUUAAGUAAAUUACAAGGCUGUCCCGAUUUAACGAAUAAAGCAAUUUAUGAUUUGGACGAUCCUGAUAGACCUAGAUUUACGACUGCUGAGCUUAAAGAGAUUUUGCACGAGCGAAAUGAAUUGAAAGCAAGGGUUUCAGAUCUCGAAGACGAACUAGAAUUAUACCGACCAAAACCUGAAAUUCCAGAGGAUGAUAAAGAUGCACCUGUACAAGGACCGCUUCCUUAUGAACCAGAUGAUGCACCCUGGAAGAAAUCCUCCGAAUCCGGUAUUCGUAAAUUCUUCCGAAAGAUAUUCUCGGAAUCUAGUAGCAGCUUUCUUGGAGGUAGCAGUCCCAGACGAAGUCUUUCUAGUCUUUCGAAGAUGGCCCUAUCUGGUAGCAGUACCUGUGAUACAUCUAUAUAAUGUUUUCUUAAAAAUACGUUGGAUAAUUUUAAGUAACUAGAUUGAAUAACCAAGGAUGACGUUGCUUAUAUAUAUAUACUUAUACAUA